AUGUCCACCAACCCCCACGAAUUUGGCGACCCUAAUCGACAGGGACAGUAUCCACCGCCUCCCCAGUGGAACUCUAGUCAGCCUGAGGAUAAUCCAGCUCCAGCUCACUAUCCGCCAGCAUCUCAAUACCCUUAUCCUCCGGCCUCCUAUCCUCCUCCUCUAAACGCAGACCACCCGUAUUCGCAUCCACCACCACCCCCGUCACAGUACCCGCCUACCUCCCACAUGGCCACCAUCCACCCUCAUGUGCAAGGUACCCAGGACCCUUACAGACUCCCUCCUCCUCCUGGCGCCUACCGUCCUCAGGAUGUCUACGCUCAGCCAGCUCCUCCACCGCAGCCUCAAGUUGUAUACCAAGCCGCGGCUCCUAGACAGCGGACCGCGAUAGCCUGUCGUUACUGCCGCAGACGCAAGAUUCGAUGCUCGGGAUUUGAAAGUUCUCAGGAUGGGCGCUGCAGCAACUGUAUCCGUUUCAACCAAGAGUGCAUGUUCACUCCGGUUUCGUCCCAAGCACAGGCAUUUGUACCGGCACACGCUGCCUAUCCUCAUCUCAGAAACCCUCAAAACGGCCGCGCUGCCUCACCCCCUGCUGAUAGUACCCUUCCGCCGCCUCAAGGAAUGUACCAACAUCCGUACGGAACCGCACCGCCACCCCUUGCAUCCGCUGUGCCCGCAGACCACAGACCUGCCGGCCGACGCGGCUCUGGUUCCGGUUUCGAGUAUCCUGACCCGACCAACCUUGCGCCGCAUGAUCGGCGUCCCUCGCCGCAAUCUGCCUACCCGUACGAUAGCCGUCACUCCUCUUCCCCACACAGCUCCCCAUAUCCUCCUCUGCACACCGCUCCGACUGCGAUGACUCCUCCACCGACCUCAACUCCUGGAGGUUCGGUCAGUUCGUCUCGAGGUGGGCUGAAUGUUCGGGAUAUGUUGAACCCCGGUGACAGCCAGGGUCGUUCCAGCACCGAUAGCGAUAUGCUAAAUGCGCUGAAUCGCCGGGGCCUCAACCAGUAA